AUGCCAUCCCUAUUGACUCUCCCUGCUGAACUGCGCAACCAGAUCUAUGACCUCUUAUUCCUCGAGUCAUGUCCCUACACCUGUACAACCAAUGGCACCCCUCGCUCGCGAUCAAGUAUUGCCGAUUUUGGAAAGCCUUCGAGUCUAGAUGAGACCACAUCGACACCUGCGCAACCUCUGCUCCUCACAUGCCGUCAGAUGCACAGAGAAACUCAGCUGUUGCAUCUCCAACGUACCUCCUUCGCAGUUGGUGGCCUCUACGCCGAUCCAGAAGCCUUCGCGCGUCUCUGUACUGCCAAUCUACCGCCUCAACUCGCCAAGCAACUUAGACACAUUACACUAGUUGGUCGCAUCAAUCGUCUACGCGCCUUGAACGAGUCUUGGAAUGGUGUACCCUUUGGCAAUCCACAUCUUUCGCUCGAGACCUUGGUCAUUGUCCCACGACGUCCUGCGCAAUAUGAUCGCCAUUAUGCCGAGAUAGCAGACUUGGAUUCGGCACACACUUUGUCCUACACACUGUCCGAGACGUUGAAGAACCUACACAAUGUUCAAAGAGUAGUAGUGAGAAAUGAAGAUGAUUGUUUCAACGAUGUCGUCUGGAAGGUCAUAUAUCGAAGCUUGAUCAGCCGAUUGCUGAGGUGGGGUGGGAAGUUGUGUAGUUGCAGAUUCCAAGAAGGCGAUGGUUGGUUCGAAAUUCUUGUUGAUGGCAGAGAUGCGGAUCCUGAGGUCUAUCGAGACGCCGAUACCGAGUUUCAGCGAAUAAUGGAUUAG